AUGGGUUCCUGUAAAUCCUGCCAAGACCGUGCCGGCAGCGGAGGCAGCUCAAGUUCAACUGAUAGUGAUGGGUCAGAUCGAUCCCAAAGUACGGCAACAACUGUUAUCAGCGACCGAACUACUGGAAACACCAACACCAAAGACAAGAACUGGCCCGAGUAUGAGGCUGAUUCCCAACGGCCCCGCGAUUCAGUGUCAACCUAUGCCACCACCAGCGGCUCUAUAGUAGACGUCGUGCCACAGGAGCCGCGGUAUGAGGUCGAGGAGCGCCAGGAAGACUUCCCAACCGAGGUGCUAUCCUCCACGCCGUCCUCGUUUGCAGGUCUGUUUCCUUCCUCGCGCCGGCUGCUCAUCCGCCACGAUGACACGACCGUCGAUGGCAACAUGAAUCUGCGCGUCGACACCCUGGUCCCGCGGCGGGGCGGAUACCAACAGGAUGUCACGCUCUUCCACCUGCGCAUGUAUGAUCUGUUUUCGCGCAAGUGCUCGCUGCGCCGCUACUGCCGCGACUCAGGCCGCGAGGUGUGUCACUCGGCUCGCAAGGAGGCGCCCGACCAGGACCGGCGGCCGGUGUUUCGACGCUCGUGGAGCAGCGUGCUGGCCGGCCUUCGGCCAAGCUCCAGCGGCCAGGCAGCCGCGGUGGACCAUCUCAAACGGCAGGACUCGGGCUUUGAGUCUGCGAACCUGCACGGGCUGGGCGAGACUGCGGAUCGAGACCCAGACGUUAGCGAUAGACCGCCCGCGCUGGAGGAUGCCAUGCUGCUGGAGUUUUCCAACUAUGCUCAUGUGGUGCUCAAACGACGGGGCCCGGGCGUGAAUAAGAGGUACGAGUAUGUGUACUGGUCCACGCGGUACCAGUGGAGGCGAGAGUUUCGGAAGGAGGGGGAUUUGCGUGAGGUGUCAUUUUUCUUGGUGGACACGCGCACGUCGAGGACCAUUGCCCACAUGGUUCCCGAGAUCCUGACACCCCUGGAGGCAGUCGAGGAGGACAGCAAGGGGGGCUGGAUACCCCCGUCAUCCUUGUGGAUCAGCGAUGAGUCGGUCUAUGAGAAGAUGCCCGACGUUGCCGACGCAAUCGUGGCGACGGGGUUGAUGACCCUAGUAGAUGAUUUCAUUCGACGUCGCUGGCACCGGCCUUCAUGGGUGCCCCCCGCACGUUCCUCGUGGACCAGAAGCUUAGAACGAAUGGGACCCCGACGACUGAUCGGCGAAGUGCUUCAGCGUCGAGGAUCUGCUUAG